AUGCCACCCUCCGCCGAAUCCGCCCCGACCCCUCAACCCGCCCUCAACCCCCCCUCCACCACCUCGACCCCUCCCCCUCCGCCAACCGCCCCCCUCCACCCACCGCACGACCCCUCGCACGAAGAACACCAAUACCUCCACCUCAUCCGCACGAUCCUGUCGCAAGGCGAGAACCGGCCCGACCGGACGGGCACCGGCACACGGUCGAUCUUCGCGCCGCCGCAGAUGCGCUUCAGCCUGUCCAAACCCGCCGCCUCCACCAGCCCAGACCAACCAGAAUACACACCAAUCCUCCCCCUCCUCACCACCAAACGCGUGUUCCUGCGCGCCGUGCUCGCCGAGCUCCUCUGGUUCAUCUCAGGCUGCACCUCCUCCCGCCCGCUCUCCGAAGCCGGCAUCAAGAUCUGGGACGGCAACGGCAGCCGCGCCUUCCUGGACAGCGUAGGCCUCUCGCACCGCGCCGAAGGCGACCUCGGCCCGGUGUACGGGUUCCAAUGGCGACACUUCGGCGCCGAAUACGUCGACGCGUCCACCGACUACGCGGGCCAGGGCGUCGACCAGCUGGCGGAGGUGGUGCGCAAGCUGCGCGAGACCCCCUUCGACCGCCGCAUCAUCAUGAGCGCGUGGAACCCCGCGGACCUCAACAAGAUGGCGCUGCCGCCGUGUCACAUGUUCGCGCAGUUUUACGUGAGUUACCCGGGGGGCAUCACGGAGGACGGCAAGGGAAGGGGCAAGGGUCAUCUGCAUUGUUUGUUGUAUCAGCGCUCGGCGGACAUGGGGCUGGGCGUGCCGUUUAAUAUUGCCAGUUAUGCGCUGUUGACGCAUAUGUUGGCGUUCGCGGUGGAUCUGGUGCCGGGCAGUUUGACGCAUACAUUGGGCGAUGCGCACGUGUAUCUGGAUCAUAUGGAGGCGUUGCGCGAGCAGUUGACGCGCGAGCCGACGGCGUUUCCGGAGGUGCGGAUCUCGCGGGCGGAUCGCGGGAGUGGGGUUGUGGAUGGGUGGCGGGAGGAGGAGUUUGAGGUGUUGGGGUAUCAACCGCAUAGGGCGAUUAAGAUGAAGAUGAGUGUGUAGCUGGAUUGCGGGGUUUGGCAGCUGUUCUUGAAUCUUCGGGUUUCGGUGCAUGUAGCUGUUACAGUAUAGAUCGAGUGGCUUUACUGGGAUAGAUAUGUGCCCCCCCCC